UGGCGGGCUGAGUCACGGCCGGGGCAGCGCGCGCGGUGGGAAGGGGCGGAGGGAGCGGCUGCGGGCGGGGCGCUGGACUUGGCCGGGCUCGGCCCCGGCCGCAGGUGACCCGGAGGCCCGUCGCCGCCCGCUGCGCCCGGAGCGCUUUUGUGACCAGAUGUGGAGCGGGACGGACGGCGCGAGCCAGAUGCGGGGCGACAGCUGACUUGCUGCGGGGCAGGAGGGGAGGCGCGGAGCGCGCGGGUGCUCCCCGCGCCGCCGACUUCUCCUCGACCAGUUCCUGAGCAGCGCAAGAUAAACUUCUCACAAUGAAGGGGCCCGCUGUGCUUGCACCUGGCGUCCUUGUGCUCCUGUUUACCUUGGUGCCGAGGAGCCAUGGGGAGUGCAAAGAGGCGCUGGUGAAGUCUGAGAUGAAUGUGCACAUGAAGUAUCAGCUUCCCAACUUCACCGCGGAAACGCCCAUCCAGAACGUCCUUCUACACCAGCAUCACAUUUACCUCGGUGCCAUCAACCACAUCUACGUUUUAAAUGAUGAAGACCUUCAGAAGGUUGCUGAGUACAAGACUGGGCCAGUGCUAGAACAUCCGGACUGUUGGCCGUGUCAGGACUGCAGCAGCAAAGCCAAUUCCUCAAAUGCCAUUUGGAAAGAUAACAUCAACCUGGCUCUGCUUAUUGACAAGUACUAUGACGACCAACUCAUUAGCUGUGGCAGCGUCAACAGAGGCACCUGCCAGCGACACGUUCUCCCACCUGAUAAUGCGGCUGACAUACACUCAGAGGUUCAUUGUAUGUUUUCACCACAGGCAGACGAAGAGCCUGGCCAGUGCCCGGACUGCGUGGUGAGUGCCCUGGGAACCAGAGUUCUCCUGUCUAAAAAGCAACGGUUCAUCUACUUCUUUGUGGGCAACACCAUAAAUUCUUCUUACCUUCCAGAUCACUCGUUGCAUUCGAUAUCAGUGAGAAGGCUGAAGGAAACGCAGGAUGGCUUUAAGUUUCUGACAGAUCAGUCGUAUAUUGAUGUCCUGCCUGAGUUCCGAGAUUCCUAUCCCAUUAAGUAUAUCCAUGCCUUCGAAAGCAACCAUUUUAUUUACUUUCUGACGAUCCAAAGGGAAACCCUUGACGCUCAAACUUUUCACACAAGAAUCAUCAGGUUCUGUUCCAAAGACUCAGGAUUGCACUCCUACAUGGAAAUGCCACUGGAAUGCAUUCUCACGGAAAAAAGGAGGAAGAGAGCCACCAGGGAGGAAGUGUUCAAUCUCCUUCAGGCUGCCUAUGUCAGUAAGCCUGGGGCCCAUCUUGCUAAGCAGAUCGGAGCCAGCGUGAACGAUGACAUUCUUUUUGGGGUGUUUGCCCAAAGCAAGCCAGAUUCCGCUGAACCCAUGAAUCGAUCGGCCGUCUGUGCGUUCCCUGUCAAAUAUGUCAAUGAAUUCUUCAACAAGAUUGUCAACAAAAACAACGUGAGAUGUCUGCAGCAUUUUUACGGACCCAAUCAUGAGCACUGUUUCAACAAGACCCUCCUGAGAAAUUCGUCAGACUGCGAAGCACGCAGCGAUGAAUAUCGCACAGAGUUGACCACCGCUCUGCAGCGCGUGGACUUAUUCACGGGCCAGUUCAACCAAGUCCUCUUAACAUCCAUCUCCACCUUCAUCAAAGGCAACCUCACCAUUGCUAACCUCGGGACCUCAGAAGGCCGCUUCAUACAGGUUGUGAUUUCUCGAACAAUGUCGUAUGACCCUUAUGUGAAUUUUCGCCUGGAUUCCCACCCUGUGUCUCCAGAAGUGGUUGUGGAACACCCAUUAAACCAGAAUGGCUACACACUGGUGAUCACGGGGAACAAGAUUACCAAGAUCCCGUUGAAUGGGCUAGGCUGUGCACAUUUCCAUUCGUGUAGUCAGUGCCUCUCUGCCCCUCCCUUUGUGCAGUGCGGCUGGUGCCAUGACAGAUGUGUGCCAGCAGAGGCGUGCCCCAGGGGAACAUGGACUCAAGAGAUCUGUCUUCCCGCCGUCUACGAGGUCUUCCCAACCAGUGCACCCCUCGAGGGAGGGACAACGUUGACCAUCUGCGGCUGGGACUUUGGGUUCAGGAGGAAUAAUAAAUUUGAUUUAAAGAAAACCAAAGUCUUUCUUGGAAAUGACAGCUGCACCUUGACCUUAAGUGAGAGUACGACAAACACGUUGAAAUGCACAGUUGGCCCUACCACGCAUGAGCAUUUCAAUAUGUCCAUAACUGUUUCGAACAGUCGAGGGCGAACACAAUAUAGUGCAUUUUCCUACGUGGAUCCUGUAAUAACAAGUAUUUCUCCAAAUUAUGGUCCCAAGGCUGGUGGCACACUACUUACUUUAACUGGAAAAUACUUAGACAGUGGGAAUUCUAGACACAUUUCAAUUGGUGGAAAAACAUGUACUUUAAAAAGCAUUUCAUACAGUGUUCUGGAGUGUUAUACCCCAGCCCAAAGCAUCUCAACUGAGUUUCCUGUUAAAUUGAAAAUAGACCUAGCCAACCGAGAGACAAGUAGUUUCAGUUACCGGGAAGACCCUAUUGUCAAUGAAUUUCAUCCAACCAAAUCUUUUAUUAGUGGCGGGAGCACAAUAACAGGUGUUGGAAGAAACCUGGAUUCAGUUAGUGUCCCGAGGAUGGUAAUAAGUGUGCAUGAAGCAGGGAUGAACUUCACAGUGGCGUGUCAGCAUCGCUCCAACUCGGAGAUCAUCUGCUGCACCACUCCUUCCCUACAACAGCUGAACCUGCCCCUCCCCCUGAAAACCAAAGCCUUCUUCAUGUUGGAUGGGAUCCUUUCCAAAUACUUUGAUCUCACUUAUGUGCAUAAUCCUGUGUUUAAGCCAUUUGAAAAGCCAGUGAUGAUCUCAAUGGGCAAUGAAAAUGUACUGGAAAUUAAGGGAAAUGAUAUUGACCCUGAAGCAGUUAAAGGUGAAGUGUUAAAAGUUGGAAAUAAGAGCUGUGAGAACAUAUACUCACUUUCUGAAGCCGUCUUGUGCACAGUCCCCAAUGACCUGCUGAAAUUGAACAGUGAACUAAAUAUAGAGUGGCAGCAAGCAGUUUCUUCAACCGUCCUUGGAAAAGUAAUAGUCCAACCAGACCAGAAUUUUAUGGGAUUGAUUAUUGGUGUUGUCUCAAUAUCAAUAAUACUUUUGUUAGUACUUGUGCUAUUCCUCUGGCUGAAAAAGAGAAAGCGAAUUAAAGAUCUAGGCAGUGAAUUGGUUCGCUAUGAUGCAAGAGUUCACACUCCUCAUUUGGAUAGGCUUGUAAGUGCCCGAAGCGUAAGCCCAACGACUGAAAUGGUUUCAAAUGAGUCCGUAGACUACCGAGCUACUUUUCCGGAAGACCAGUUUCCUAACUCGUCUCAGAAUGGAUCGUGCAGACAAGUGCAGUAUCCUCUGGCAGACCUGUCUCCCAUCCUGACUAGUGGAGACUCUGAUCUAUCCAGUCCGUUACUGCAAAAUACUGUCCACAUUGACCUCAGUGCUCUAAAUCCAGAGCUGGUCCAGGCCGUCCAGCACGUAGUGAUCGGACCGAGUAGCCUGAUUGUGCAUUUCAAUGAAGUCAUAGGAAGAGGGCAUUUUGGUUGUGUCUAUCAUGGGACUUUGUUGGACAACGAUGGCAAGAAGAUUCAUUGUGCUGUGAAAUCUUUGAAUAGAAUUACUGACAUAGGAGAAGUUUCCCAGUUCCUCACCGAGGGAAUCAUCAUGAAAGACUUCAGCCAUGCGAAUGUCCUCUCCCUCUUGGGAAUCUGCCUUCGCAGUGAAGGCUCUCCACUGGUGGUACUACCGUACAUGAAACAUGGAGAUCUCAGGAAUUUCAUUCGAAAUGAGACACAUAACCCGACUGUAAAAGAUCUUAUUGGUUUUGGUCUUCAAGUAGCCAAAGGCAUGAAAUAUCUUGCAAGCAAAAAGUUUGUCCACAGAGAUUUGGCUGCAAGAAACUGUAUGUUGGAUGAAAAAUUCACUGUCAAGGUUGCUGAUUUUGGUCUUGCCAGAGACAUGUAUGAUAAAGAAUACUAUAGUGUACACAACAAAACUGGUGCGAAGCUGCCCGUGAAGUGGAUGGCUUUAGAAAGUCUGCAGACUCAGAAGUUUACAACCAAAUCUGAUGUGUGGUCCUUCGGCGUGCUCCUGUGGGAGCUGAUGACAAGAGGCGCGCCCCCUUAUCCUGACGUGAACACGUUUGACAUAACUGUGUACCUGCUGCAAGGCAGGAGGCUCUUACAACCCGAGUACUGCCCCGACACCUUGUAUGAAGUGAUGCUCAAAUGCUGGCACCCAAAGGCCGAAAUGCGCCCAUCCUUUUCGGAAUUGGUCUCCAGGAUUUCUGCCAUCUUCUCUACCUUCAUCGGGGAGCACUACGUCCACGUGAAUGCGACAUACGUGAAUGUGAAAUGUGUCGCCCCCUAUCCUUCACUGCUGUCAUCACAGGAAAACAUGGACCACGGAGUGGACACAUGACAGGCAGGUGGCUGCAUCCCAGCAGUAUCCAAGCGAUGGUCACAUGUUCACCAGUUCUCACUGCCUGGCCUCUGAAAGGUCAUCCAAUGUUGUUUAGUUUCCGCUUUUUGCUUUUUGUCCAAAAUGCGUGGUGAGAGAACUUUGUAUUCUUACUUGAGUGUCUGGGCCAUUAGGAAUUUCUCAGCCGGUAGUGCAUCCGAAUGAGGGGCUUGGUCCUUCAGGCCAGUGAUCAGCAGCAACCCUGCCACCAGCAUCACACUUCUGUUCUCUCAAGUGCGACCUUGAGGUGUGAAUCCAAAGCUUCAAAAACCCUAGGCCCGCUUGAUUUCCUGUGGGGAAACUGAGGCUAACGCAUGUUGAGGACUUCUGAGUCACAGGAAAUUCAGAACAAAUGGUAAUGUUCACGACAUGCGUGGGAGCCCCGGAGCCUGCCUCUCGUUUGGAAUUCCAGCAUUUCCAAGGAACUGUGUGCUGUGUGGUCAUUAACAUUUCUCUUUAUUGAUGUAACAUUCCCAUUUAAACUUUUGUACACACAUUCCUUUGUUUGGUGGACUGUCUGGAGGAAAGCGCUUUGAAACUGUCAGCAAAGUUUCAAACUCGCAUGACUUGGGGACAUUGACGUAUUGUACAUAGAUGACAUGAAGAAGACCUUCCUGUCACAGCGUAAUCAGAGUGAAAUAUUUAGUUGUCAUUUAAAAAUUGACAGUUUGAGAAAGAUUGUGUUCUGAUCUAAUAAAUGUGGACAUUUAGGGGUUUUGUAUUUUCUUAAAUAAAGACUCAAAAUAAAUUUGCAGGGACAAAUUAUCUUCAAGAAUAACUCCACAUAUUCUUAGAGCAAAAAGACGCCCAACGCGCGAAGGUACACUGAUUCCCAGCAAUGCCAAGAUGGGUGACCUGGAAACUCCUGACUCUUCUCAGAUAACAGCCUCCCACCUCCCAAAUUACAAACAAAACUGCAAUAGGGCAGGCCUUGUGUCAAGCCACACCUACUUUAGAAACAAGCAAACAACAACAACAAGAGACAGUUGGCAAGUCUAGCUGUUUUUCACCGGGAUGAAUUUUUGCUCUGGACAAAACUAUUUUGGCAUUUUGUUCUCUGGAAUUUUGUGCUUACUACUGUAUUGUGCCUGUGGUGUAGAUUCCUCUUCACUGGGUUUUGUCCGUGUAAACAUUGAAAAUACUAUAUUUUUAUAAGAAUGUUUAUUUUUAAUGAUAUGAGGAAAAUUUUGUUAGGCCACAAAAAAAUACUGCACUGUGAAUAUUUCAGAGAAGGUAUGUCAGACUUGAAUUAAUAAUCGCACGGUUUUCAGUGGCUGUCGAUAAUGAUAAGGAAAUGUGCUGAUUGCCAGCGCACCCCACCCUUAUUACAUCACCAGGACUGGAAGCCCAGGCUCAACACAAGCCACAAAGAGGGUGUGUUCCGCUGAAAUCCGAGCAUUGAGUCUGGCUGCUGUGGCAGAAAAAUUGUUGCAACCAAAAGCUCUUGGACGAUGGUGGGAAGACACAAGGAGUCACCCUACAGAGACGCUUCAGUUCUGAUGUGCUGUUUCAUAAACACGAAGAGCAAGACUCAUCCGCGGGCCAUAGUAAACGCUGGAUGUUAAAACAGAAGAACCUCUUCUGCCGGAAGAAGCAUCUGACGCAGUCGAAAGAAUGAAUGCAUCAGUAACUUGAAAGAAGUUGCAGCAACUACCCUGCCAGCAGGACUGCACUCUGUAUAUGCAUGCUUGAAAAGGCUGCAAUGUGAAAAUCAGGUUUGCUAUUUAUGAACUUGUCCUUAGGUUAAUGUGUUUGGACAGAUCAUGGGAAUAAGUGACUCUUCUGAGAAUUAGAUACUUGUCACUGCCUAUACCUGCAGUUGAACUGAAUGGUACUUUGUGUGUCAAUAGUUGUUGUUCUGAAAAAUCAUACAAUUAAAAUAAAAUAAUGUAA